AUGGAGUACUUCCAGAUAUACGAUUCCGCCUUCCACGCUCUUAUAGGAGACGCCCCUCAGCUCGACCUACUGCUCGAAAAAGAUUAUCCCUUCGCUCACGAAGCAGGAGUGUUUAUACCCGAGAAAAAUGAGCUGUUCAUCACCAGCAACCAGUUAGUGGACGGAGAAGGUCACCGAAGAGUGGAAAUCUCCAAGAUCAUCUUGACGGACGACGGGAAUGUGCAAAGCGAGGAGAUUAGCUGUCCCGAGGUCGAGAUGGCCAACGGAGGUGUCAACUACGGCCAGGAUAAAAUGCUAAUCUGUGCCCAAGGCUCCGGGUCUGCUCCCAGUGGUCUCUACCUUGUGGACAUCACUCCUCCGUACAAGACCGAGUUGGUUGUGGCGGGUUUCCAUGGACGGCCAUUCAACGCGGUAAACGAUGUCGUCGUCCACAGCGACGGAAGCAUUUGGUUCACCGAUCCCUGUUAUGGCUUCGAUGGAGGGUUUAAGUCCAAACCACGUCUUCCAAACCAGGUCUACAGAUACAAGCCGACGACGCGCGGAAUUCGAGCCAUGGCGGAUGGGUUCGGCAGACCGAACGGAAUCUGCUUCUCGCCGGACGAGAAGACCGUUUAUGUGACCGACACUGACUGGACUCGGGGAACAGGCGAUAUCGAUGACACCAGAGCAUCGACAAUAUACGCUUUUGAUGUCCGGGAGUACGCAGGAGAGCCAUUCCUAACGAAUCGAAGACUGUUUGCGUUCUGCGACACGGGGAUCCCUGACGGCAUCAAAUGCGAUAUGGACGGCAACGUGUACAGCGGAUGUGGCGAUGGAGUCUAUGUCUGGUCGCCUGGAGGAACUUUGCUAGGCAAAAUCUGUGUGCAGGGCGGAGUGGCCAAUUUCUGCUUCGGCUCACGAGGAGGGCUGUUUCUGCUGAAUGAGAAGAGACUGUGGCGAGCCCAGCUGGCGCCGACGGUUCGAGGAGCCCUACUCAAACUGUAG